AUGGAUUACAUGAAGCAAGAGCGUGAACGAGGCAUCACGAUUACUUCGGCAGCGAUAACGUUUGGAUGGCGGAAGCACCGUAUAAAUUUAAUAGACACUCCAGGUCACGUCGAUUUCACAAUCGAGGUUGAACGCAGUGUUCGUGUACUCGAUGGUUCCGUGACGAUAUUAGAUGCUGUGUCUGGAGUCGAAGCACAGACACAAAAAGUAUGGACGCAAGCUGAUCGAUAUGGUAUCCCCAGAAUCGCAUUUAUCAAUAAAAUGGAUCGUGUUGGUGCUGGAUUCGGUAGAACGGUUAGAGAGAUGCAACGUAAACUGCAAACAAGGCCACUUGUUUGUCAGAUUCCGAUGAUGAGAACUGAUGAAAGAGGAAACCUUGACUUUUAUGGAGUUGUUGAUUUGCUUGAUAUGCAGUUACUUGAUUGGGAUAAAGAUCCAAAUGGCAGAGUAAUACAAAAAACUGUAAUAACUGACAAUUAUCAUGACCAAACCUUCUACAAAGAAUUAAUGAAAGGUCGUACAUGUCUUGUAGAAGCAUUAUCGGAACUUGACGAUCAAAUCUUGGAUAUAUUUCUAGCUUCCGAAGAACACAUGAAAGUGUCUGCGGAUGAUAUUCGUCAGGCAUUACGUAGAGUGACAUUGAGUGGAAAGGCGGUGCCAGUAUUUUGUGGCGCAUCUUUGAAAAAUAUUGGUGUCCAGCCUUUAAUGGAUGCAAUUGUAGAUUAUUUGCCUUCACCGUUGGAUAGACCAGCACCUUUGGCAAAUUUGGGUGAAGGGGGCACUGCACAGAUCACAUUACGAGAAAAAGAUCCUUUGUGUGCACUUGCUUUUAAGGUGGUUCAUGAUCAACGACGUGGUGCAAUGGUGUUUGUCAGAGUCUAUUCAGGUGUUUUGGAUAAUCGUAUGUCGUUGUACAAUACGAAUAUUCAUCAAAAAGAGCGCGCAAACAAAUUAUUACAAAUGUACGCCGAUGAAGUAGAAGAAAUUCCAUCGAUAAAUACCGGAAACAUAGGAGCUGUCGUUGGCUUAAAAGAAACAAGAACCGGUGACACAUUAAUAAACUGGAAUGAUUCGCGAAAAAAUCUGCGUUUGCCAAGCAUUGAUAUCCCGGCACCAGUAUUUUUCUGUGCCGUGGAACCAAUCUCGGCGUCUGAAGAGAAACCCUUGGAAGAAGCAUUAAAAAAUAUACUACGCGAAGAUCCUUCGCUUCAUGUUCACACUGAUCCGGAAUCGGGACAAACGUUAAUUAGUGGAAUGGGCGAAUUACAUUUGGAGAUCGUUAAAGAUCGCUUGUUGAAUGAUUUCAAGGUGAAAGCAGAAAUCGGUAAAAUGAGAAUAUCGUAUCGCGAAACUGCGACUGCUGAGCUCUCCGAUCUUUCGUAUUUGUACGAUAAAGAAGUGAUGGGCAAACGAGCAAAGGCACAGAUUUCUCUCUCGAUAUCUUCUCUAUCUGAGGAUGAUUUAGGUGUGGCGUCUGAAGGAAGUAAUAGAAUUGAGCUGGAAAUCAUUAAUCCGGAUUUAUUAGAGAACAAUGAUGAUACCUCUUCCGAGAAACAAAUGCAGACCAAAUUAACAUUGGAAGAAAUAAAUUCGGCAGUGCGUGGUGGAAUACUUUCGGCACUAUAUCGUGGCCCGAUACUGGGAUUUCCAUUGACUGGCCUCCGUGUUAAAGCUCAUGCACUGCAACUUUUUGGCGCAGAAUCUACAAAAACAGCAAUCAGCUCAUGUGCAUCACAGGCACUUACUCAAGCAGUUAAAUCGGCAUCACCUGCACUACUUGAGCCAUUAAUGGAAGUCUCUGUGGAAGUAUCUGAAGAAUAUCUUGGUAUAGUAAUUAGUGAUCUCAGUGGUGUUCGUCGAGGUCACGUCAUCUCAUUAGAGACUUUAGGUCGUGGUGAUGCAAAUACAGAACAAAAACUACAUCAGAAUGAAGUUUAUGCACCGCCAGAUUCUACAUAUAAGUAUGGCGAACACGAAGGAAGUCUAGGAAUCAGUAAACCGAAAAGAAUUGUCCAUGCUCAUGUGCCAUUAUCGUCAAUGUUGGGUUAUGCCUCGGCGCUUAGAUCUUUAACCGCCGGAAAUGCGUCAUUUAAUAUGAUUGUAUAUCGAUUUGGUUUGAUGAGUGAAGAUCGAGCAAGAAAUGUUAUUGCUGAAAUGCAAGGCGGUUAUUGA